CCUGAUGAAGCCUCAUGAGAUGAACCCUUUUGCAAACCAAUUGGCUGGAAAGCUUCAAAGCUUCAUAAGGCUUCAUCUCGCCAUCACUACUAACAGGUGUAAAUACACUUAAUGAAACCUCUGCAGAUGUUUAAUCCACUCACCUCUUCGUCGUCGUCGUCGUCUUCUUCUUCCGGUUUUUGGCGGAUUGCAAAGAACUUUAAAGGUGCAUACCGCCACCUACUGGACCCUCACUUACUAUUGCGCGGCCUAUAUGUUGUGUUUGUGAUCGGGACAGCGCAUGCAAGCAACAGCAUCUCUCUAACCUACAAUGCACCAGCAGGAAGCCGCGCACCACAGUCCAAUAUGGUCUAGCUCUGCAGCUUCCUGUUCACACCUCAGAAACAUGAAGACAUGAAGACCCUGGUGCUGCUGCUGCUUCACGCGAGUCUGCAGCUGCAGUGUGACAAGAAGCAGAUCACAGCUCCCCUCGGGUCAGACUUCCUGCUCUCCUGCAGCUAUGACAACCAGCUAUACAGCAACAAGUACUGGUGCAAAGGAGAGUCCAGGAGGACCUGCGAGGUGCUGGUGGACUCGGAGGGGAAGACCAGAAGCACCCGCGUUCACAUCGUGGAUGCUCGGAGAAGAGGACUGUUUGUGAUGGUCUUAGAUCUGCAGAAGGGGGACAGCGGGGACUACUGGGUCGGGAUCGACAGGCCUUAUGCUGACAUCAUGACGUCAGUGAGGGUGGUCGUCACUGAAGUCCCGGUCUCUAAGCCCAGCCUCCAGCCCCUGGUCUCCCUGAUGGAGGGGUCCACCUGUCGGGGGGGUCCGGUGACGGUGCGGUGUGUGUGUUCACGGGGCACCGCGGUCCGUUACUCCUGGUUCCGACACACACACCCCGAGGACGUCCUGCUGCAGAACUCUGCUGACCUGCAGCUCACCUGUGACUCUCUGCAGGACGCUGAGCUCUACUGCAGCGUCAGGAAUGAAGUGAGCUCAGAGAGGAGUGAGAGCCUCAGAGUGAACAUCUUCCCUCCUGCAGACUCACACUGCAGAUAUGUGGUUCACCUGCAAGGCCAACCUGUUUAUGACUGUGCUGUGAGCACCACGGCCCAAACCACCCCCCCGACCUCCUGUCACACCACCGGGGAAAUCCAACCUGACACCACAAACCAGCUGAUCAUCGCCACCGAGACACACCUGCUUCUCAGAGUGUUCACAGGAGUGCCGCUCUGGUACACGAUGCUGCGAUGGGGUUCCUUUGCAUCCUUGGUGAUGUUUAUCUGCGUAUUUAUUACGUGUGCUAAAGUGAGGGAUAAGCAUGCGAAGAGGAAGAGGAAGAGGAAGAGGAGGAGGGAGAGGAGGGUUGGGAUCAGAGGAAGGCCGCAGUCUGCAGGUUAAAUCGACACCGUGACAUUAGUUCUUUGUGAUAAGAACUUCAGCGUUUAUCAGACUCACCAUAAGUGUAAUUGAUUAGAUAGCUUUCCAGUGAAGCGUACAACACAUCAGACCACCACAUUUAACCACCAUGGGUCUAGAGCCUUCAGCCGCUCUGCACCCCGCCUCUGGAACUCCCUCCCACCUGACAUCCGCAACACUGACUCUCUCCCCAUUUUCAAAUCACGCCUCAAAACAUAUCUCUUCACACUCGCAUAUCCACCCUGAUCAUUAUCCAUCACACAUCCUCUGUUUUUAUUUAUUUGGUUAUUUGAUUGAUUGAUAAACUGCAUUGUCUUGUUUAUGUCUCUUAUGCUGGUGUUAUGUAUUGUGUAUCUUGUUUUGUAUGUGUUGUACGGCGACCUUGAGUGCCUUGAAAGGCGCCUAUAUAAAAUAAAUGAAUUAUUAUUAUUAUUAUUACCAAAGCGUGCAGAAAGAGGAGAAGUCAGUAGAGGGAAGGAUUUACAAGCCGAACACAGAAAGAUCACAAAGAGACGCUUAGACCCCACAGAUAUACACACAACGACUACAGAGGACAUGGAUUGACUAAACAGAAAUGUAAGACAACCACACAAUGACCACCAGGAGACCAACAGACUGAACACACUCUAAAGACCACAUAGAAAGAAAGGCGUCUUUAAAAAGAUGCACAAAGACUUAAAUGAAUGAACAACAAUCACAAAGAGGCCGCGAUGCCAAAAAGGGUCCGGGGGAAUAUCUCACACGAUGUAACUAAAGACACAAAAAGAUGAUUCCCGCCCACAGAUAUACACAACAUGACGAAAACAAUCUAAAGACAUGUAAACAACCACAACAUGAGAUUAACACACACUUUAAAGAUCUGUUGAACGAGCAAAGAAUCAUCAAUGCCUUAAAAAAGAUGCAACAGGAUUAGAAAGAGAUGCACAACAACCAAAGAGAGGGCAAAUCAAAUCAAGUUUUAUUUAUAUAGCACAUUUAUAAACGAUUUUUGGUCGAGCCAAAGUGC